UGGGUGAUGCUGGACAUGGGAGAUAGGAAAGAGGUGAAAAUGAUCCCCAAGUCCUCGUUCAGCAUCAACAGCCUGGUGCCAGAGGCGGUCCAGAGCGACAACCACCACGCCAGCCACGGCCACCACAACAGCCACCACCCCCAGCACCACCACCACCACCACCACCACCACCACCACCCGCCGCCGCCCGCCCCGCAGCCGCCGCCGCCGCCGCCGCAGCAGCCGCCGCCGCCGCCCCCGGCCCCGCAGCCCUCGCAGGCGCGGGGCGUCCCGGCCGCCGACGACGACAAGGGCCCCCAGCAGCUGCUGCUCCCGCCGCCGCCGCCGCCGCCGCCGCCGCCGCCGCCGGCCGCCGCCCUGGACGGGGCCAAGGCAGACGGGCUGGGCGGCAAGGGCGAGCCGGGCGGCGGGCCCGGGGAGCUGGCGCCCGUCGGGCCGGACGAGAAGGAGAAGGGCGCCGGCGCCGGGGGGGAGGAGAAGAAGGGGGCGGGCGAGGGCGGCAAGGACGGGGAGGGGGGCAAGGAGGGCGAGAAGAAGAACGGCAAGUACGAGAAGCCGCCGUUCAGCUACAACGCGCUCAUCAUGAUGGCCAUCCGGCAGAGCCCGGAGAAGCGGCUCACGCUCAACGGCAUCUACGAGUUCAUCAUGAAGAACUUCCCGUACUACCGCGAGAACAAGCAGGGCUGGCAGAACUCCAUCCGCCACAACCUGUCCCUCAACAAGUGCUUCGUGAAGGUGCCGCGCCACUACGACGACCCGGGCAAGGGCAACUACUGGAUGCUGGACCCGUCGAGCGACGACGUGUUCAUCGGCGGCACGACGGGCAAGCUGCGGCGCCGCUCCACCACGUCGCGGGCCAAGCUGGCCUUCAAGCGCGGGGCGCGCCUCACCUCCACCGGCCUCACCUUCAUGGACCGCGCCGGCUCCCUCUACUGGCCCAUGUCGCCCUUCCUGUCCCUGCACCACCCCCGCGCCAGCAGCACUUUGAGUUACAACGGCACCACGUCGGCCUACCCCAGCCACCCCAUGCCCUACAGCUCCGUGUUGACUCAGAACUCGCUGGGCAACAACCACUCCUUCUCCACGGCCAACGGCCUGAGCGUGGACCGCCUGGUCAACGGGGAGAUCCCGUACGCCACGCACCACCUCACGGCCGCCGCGCUCGCCGCCUCCGUGCCCUGCGGCCUGUCGGUGCCCUGCUCCGGGACCUACUCCCUCAACCCAUGCUCGGUCAACCUGCUCGCGGGCCAGACCAGUUACUUUUUCCCCCACGUCCCGCACCCGUCAAUGACUUCGCAGAGCAGCACGUCCAUGAGCGCCCGGGCCGCGUCCUCCUCCACGUCUCCGCAGGCGCCCUCCACCCUGCCCUGUGAGUCUUUAAGACCCUCUUUGCCAAGCUUCACGACGGGACUGUCCGGGGGACUGUCUGAUUAUUUCACGCAUCAAAAUCAGGGGUCUUCUUCCAACCCUUUAAUACAUUAACAUCCCUGGGACCAGACUGUAAGUGAACGUUUUACACACAUUUGCAUUGUAAAUGAUAAUUAAAAAAUAAGUCCAGGUAUUUUUUAUUAAGCCCCCCUCCCCCCCCCCAUUUCUGUACGUUUGUUCAGUCUUUAGGGUUGUUUAUUAUUCUAACAAGGUGUGGAGUGUCAGCGAGGUGCAAUGUGGGGAGAAUACAUUGUAGAAUAUAAGGUUUGGAAGUCAAAAUUAUAGUAGAAUGUGUAUCUAAAUAGUGACUGCUUUGCCAUUUCAUUCAAACCUGACAAGUCUGUCUCUAAGAGCCGCCAGAUUUCCAUGUGUGCAGUAUUAUAAGUUAUCAUGGAUCUAUAUGGUGGACGCAGACCUUGAGAACAACCUAAAUUAUGGGGAGAGUUUUAAAAUGUUAAGCUGUAAUUUGUAUUUAAGAAGCAUUCGUAGUAAAGGUGCCCAAGAAAUUAUUUUGGCCAUUUAUUGUUUUGUCCUUUUCUUUAAAAAACUGUUUUUUUUUCUUUUGUUUACUUUUAGACCAAAGAUUGGGUUCUAGAAAAUGCACUUGGUAUAUUAAGUAUUAAAAAAAAAAAAACAAAAAAAGGAAAGUUGUUUCAGUUGGCAGCACUGCCCAUUCAAAUGAAUUGGAAGGGGACAAAAUUAAUGAUUGCCUUCAGUUUGUGUUGUGUAUAUUUUGAUGUAUGUGGUCACUAACAGGUCACUUUUAUUUUUUCUAAAUGUAGUGAAAUGUUAAUACCUAUUGUACUUAUAGGUAAACCUUGCAAAUAUGUAACCUGUGUUGCGCAAAUGCCGCAUAAAUUUGAGUGAUUGUUAAUGUUGUCUUAAAAUUUCUUGAUUGUGAUACUGUGGUCAUAUGCCCGUGUUUGUCACUUACAAAAAUGUUUACUAUGAACACACAGAAAUAAAAAAUAGGCUAAAUUCAUAUAUAUCUUGAUACUUUUGUCUCUUUUAUUAAGUGGAGCUAAUUUUUAAAAGACCAUUCAAGUUCUAGGGA